GGGAACGAUUCAGCGGCCAUAUUGAAUUGGAAAAUAGCAAAUGCUAAUAUUUUAAGAAUUGUGCCAGAGACACUGUCAACAAGCGAUAGAAAGGUUGAAGAAACCGUUGUAUCAUAUCUAAAGAAUAAAAUCACAAGGGAUCCAGGAUGGAUAAACGAUUGAAAAAGAAGAAGAAGCACUUGAAAGCAGUGCACCAAAAAGUGAAGCUUUUUCGAGCAAAUGAACCUCUUCUCAGUGUGUUUAUGUGGGGAAUAAAUCAUUCUAUAAAUGGGCUUAGCCAUGUGAACAUCCCUGUGAUGCUAAUGCCGGAUGACUUCAAAGCACAUACAAGAAUUAAAGUAGAAAAUCAUCUGUUUAAUAAAGAAAACAUGCCAAGUAAGUUCAAAUUCAAGGAAUACUGUCCCAUGGUGUUCAGGAACCUGAGAGAGAGAUUUGAAAUAGACGACCAAGAAUAUAUGAAUUCCCUAACAGUGACACCCCCAACUGGUGCAGAUUCUCCAGGGCGGAGCGGGGCUAGAUUCCUAGCUUCUGGCGACAAAAGAUUUGUUAUAAAAACACUAAUCAGUGAAGAAGUAGCUGAAAUGCAUCACAUUCUAAAACAAUAUCACCAACACAUAGUAGAGCGCCAUGCAAAGACCUUACUUCCACAAUACCUGGGCAUGUAUAGAGUGACAUUCAAUGACCAGGAAACAUAUAUGAUUGUCAUGAGAAACAUAUUUAGCGCUAGAUUAAAUGUGCAUAAAAAAUACGACCUCAAGGGUUCUACAGUUCAAAGACAGGCCAGUGACAAAGAAAAAGCUAAGGACCUUCCCACAUAUAAGGACAAUGACUUUGUUAGUGAUGGCAUAGCCAUAAAUGUGGGCCCUGAAGCUAAAGAGAAACUUCUAGAAAUUCUUAGUGCAGAUGUACAGUUUAUGUCCAAAAACAACCUAAUGGACUACAGCCUGUUAGUUGGCAUCCAUGACGUGGAUCGGGCAGAACAAGAAUUCAAUGAAACGUUUGAUGAAGAGGGGAUAAGUGAAGAUGAUGACUCAACAGGAUCUGGGGGUGGGGCUGCCAUGGCAACCAGUCCCGCUAGCCCCGGAGGCAUGGAUAUGUGCCCGACCCCACCAGACAGUCCCUUACCAGUCAAUGCAACUAUGAACUUACAGCCAUUUGAUGGAGUCAUAGACUCCAAACUAGAAAAAUUUGCCAUAAGCAGUUCUGAAGGCGCAUCAAAGCGGGAGAUCUACUUCAUGGCACUCAUAGACAUUUUAACACAUUAUGGUGUGAAAAAGCGUACAGCCCAAGCUGCUAAGACUGUAAAACAUGGAGCAGGGGCCGAGAUAUCAACAGUAAAGCCAGAGCAAUAUGCCAAGCGAUUUCUAGAUUUCAUCAAUAACAGUUUGCAAUAGUAGCUCCUUGCCCCACCCACCUAGUGCAUUAUAGCUCAUAAUUCAUCGUACAUUGCAUUAUACACAAUUAUUAACCAUAAUUGGUACAAAUUGAAUCAUUCUGAAUGCAUCUGUUGGAUCGCAGAGCAUUCUGGGAAAUUCUCUUGUGGAUAUGUGAUGAAUUCUGGGAGGUCUCUCCCUGACGACAGUGUGAAUUCUGGGAGUUGGCCACAUACACGUUCAAUGCAAGUUAGUUACUAUCCCAAUGUUUUAUGUUUGUUAUAUGAGAUCUGAAUGUGGAACCCACCAAGGAGAGCCUGUUAACGUUAACUGCUUUAGAGUUCAAAUUGUGUCUUCUUCAUUGGAGAAUAAUAUGGAAUAUUGGAGUUUUACAUUUCUAACCUCCAAAGGUGCUGUUGGCAUGGAGAUGGAUAAAAAAUCACAAUGAUUGCCUUCUGUGAAUUAUUAAGAUUCACAAAAAGAUGAAGAAAUAACAACUUGCCAAAAUUACCUCUACAGUUAAAAGAAUUGUAUUCACAAUCAGUGGAGUUGGAAAUAUAGUAGCCAGCAAUUGGCUCAUUUUGGAUGUAUUGCAAAGGUGUUGACUACUUUAAAGGAGAAAAUGCAAUUCAAGGGAAUAUGUGCAUGCAGAAAUCGAUGUUGUAAAUUGCCUUUCUCCUCAAAUCUUUCAGUUUCUUCUCAAGAGAAAUGUGUUAACAUAAUAUUAUUUUCAUUGUUUGUAAAAACAGACUGCAUUAUAUGUAUUAUACUAGAUGUACAUGCUGCGAUAUUUG